UUGCCCGUUGCUAGCCCGUUAGCUGGAUCCAGUAAUGCUGGUAGUCCGUCUCUUAUCGCCCUUUCAAACCAAAUCAUUCGGGGGAGAUACACCAGCCGCCAUGGACACGAUGCAGCGCGCGCGGCUGUCGGUCGGAAGCCACCGUAUCGCGAGCGUUUGUUCGGAUGCCAAUGUCAGAGUUUGCAGCUAGAGCUGCCCAGUUAGCUUAGCUAGCCUGUGUCUGGUAAACGCAGGGGAAAGGCCAAGACCGAGCGAGGAAAAAAAGAGGCCGUCGGGUGGAGAGAGGAGGACAGGAGACGAGCAGGUUUUGAAUCAGAUCUUCCUUCGAAUUCGCCUCCACCACCGUCCUCAUUACUGUCAUCCUCGGCGAGGCGAUGUCUUCAUCGGGGUGCUGCCACCUACCUGGCUCCCUUUGUGAUUACUCUGGGAACGCUGAAUCAGAUGCCUCCAAGGAUUCGGAGGAGUCUGAAUCUACGGCACAGGCCCAGUACAUUGCCAAGGUUACAGCGAAAGAUGGCCGCCCACUCUCCACCGUUGUCAAAGCGGUGAGCUUGCAGAGUGAUGUGGGCAUGUGUCGGAUCUGUCAUGAGGGGGCUGGAGGGGAGACGUUGCUUUCGCCCUGCGACUGCACUGGCACGCUUGGUAAAGUGCACAAGAGCUGCUUGGAGAAGUGGCUGUCGUCCUCCAACACCAGCUACUGUGAACUCUGUCACACGGAGUUCACUAUUGAGCGACGGCCACAGCCACUCACACAGUGGCUGAAGGACCCGGGCCCUCGUAGUGAGAAGCGCACACUCCUGUGUGACAUGGCCUGCUUCCUUCUCAUCACACCUCUGGCAGCCAUCUCUGGCUGGCUGUGCUUGAGGGGAGCCCAGGACCACUUGCAACUGAAGAGCAGACUGGAGGCUGUUGGCCUCAUAGCCCUCACCAUUGCCCUCUUCACCAUCUACAUCCUCUGGACGCUGGUGUCUUUUCGGUACCACUGUCAGUUGUACUCGGAGUGGAGAAGGACCAAUCAGAAAGUGCGCCUGCUCAUGCCCGACAUGAAGGGAGCGCACACCACCCAGCGCUCGGUGCCGACCAAGUCGACCAAGAAAAUGACUGAUGAGACCAUCGUAUGAGUGCUGAGCGGCGGCGAGAGGAGUAUUCAAAGCGAAGCCCAUUAAAGCACUCUCUAAAAGCGACGUUAAUCAUUUAAUGACCUUUUUUGCACUUCGUACGGACCAUUCUGGGAGGAGAAAGCUACUUUAGCCUCCGGUUUUUCUUUUUCUUUUUUGUUUUUGAAGCACUUGAUGUAAACUGCUACAGUAUUGAUCAACCACAAAAGUGGUUUUGGAAGGAAUGCAUUUUGGAGUCAUUGUUGACAUUGAGAUACAGAGUUUACCUCCAGUGCUGGGAUGUGAACUAAACACAUGGACAGUGGACUAACCAGCCUGAGUGUACGUCUGUGUUGCAGACUCAUCAAAUAGUAAGACACAAGCUAAUGUAGCAGGAUAUAACUGAGUCAGCAUGCUACUACAGUAUAAUACCAAGCAUAUUCACACUACCUAUAAUUCCCCCCAUGCCCCCUCACAAUGUAUUUAGCUGUUUUUGAACAAUGGGCAUCCAGUAGCCCAGCAGAGGCCAAUUUAAAGCAUUAUUCACACAGUGAGUGUUCCUCUUUGACAGUCGCUCAUACAACAUGCUUGUCUGUAAUUUGAAACCCUUUUAAAGUUUCCAGGUAAAGCUUUACAGUCGCUGUCUAAAUGGCGACGUCCAACCCCUUUUCCUGCGCAGAGAGCGCCGGAGGCAUCACACAAACUUAUAGUACUCUUGUCUUGGGAUCAGCGAGGAUUUCAGCAUAUGGGAUAAUACUAAUGCGAUGGUGUAGGAGGAAAACGUAUUGGAGACAUGGCAAAAUGUUUACAUUACAAUUGGAUACUCAUACGAGUGCAUUAGCAAACAGCGCUGCUCCACUUGUAAAUGCACCAUUCAUUAUCGGAGCUGGUGACCAGUGGUAAUAAUCUACAUCACAAGAAAUGCAUUUAUAAAUAGAAGCAGUGUUCCUAAUCGUGAGGUCCCAGCCUGUCCACUAGAAAAUAAAUGUAUGGGAGCAGGCUGGUGCAUAAAGAGAACAUUGUAUUGAGGUAUCAAUCAGUGUAUGCAGCACAUGCUAAACAAAGUAUGUUGUGUUAUUGUAGUCUUCCUGCUGCAGCCCCUGGAAAGUUGGGUUAUUGUGCAAUAAAACUCGAGACUCCUGGA